AUAAGAAUAUUACUAUAUGCUUAUAAAUAAAUUUUGUGUGUGGUAAUUAUGGUAUAUCUUCUACAUGCAAUUGUAUUUUUUAUUUUUGAAUAACUCGGAUCUAAUGUAAGAAGUUGACAUUUUUCAAUACAUAUUUUUCAUACACAUCUGUUAAGAGAUCAGACUCUAAACCAAAUGGAACUGAAUUUUCAUUUUCACACAAGAUCACCAAGUUUCUUGCAAUAUUCUCAUAAAGCCUUAAGGUUAAAGUGUUUAUGUGCAAAAAUGAAUAAUAGUAACGUGACAUCUACAAGGACUAUUCUGCAUGAUCUCUAUGAGAAACAAAGACAAAGUCCUUACUAUGAUAAUCUCUGUCGACCCGUUUCAGAUUUGGUUCCAUUCAUUGCCUCUGGAAUCAAAGGUGUUACUACCAACCCUGCGAUAUUUGAAAAAGCUAUAUCAUUAUCAAAUGCUUACAAUCAACAGUUGAGGGAGUUGGUAGAGGGAGGGAAAGACACAGAAAGUGCCUACUGGGAAUUGGUUGUGAAGGACAUACAUGAUACUUGCAAACUCUUGGAACCAAUUUACAAUGAAACAAAUGGGGUAGAUGGGUAUGUAUCGGUUGCAGUUUCCCCGAAGCUUGCAAAUGAUACCAACGGAACAAUUGAGGCAGCAAAAUGGCUUCAUAAAAUGGUUGGAUGUCCAAAUGUUUAUAUUAAAAUCCCUGCAAUUGAUGAAUCUAUUCCUUCAAUUAAGGAAGUUAUUUCACUUGGGAUAAGUGUGAAUGUCACUCUCAUAUUCUCUCUCCCUAGAUAUGAAGCUGUAAUUAAUGCUUACUUGGAUGGUCUUGAAGCUUCUAGUACAAGCGAUCUCUCUAAUGUUUCUAGUGCAGCAGCUUUCUACAUCAGUAGAGUGGAUGUUAUAAUUGACAAGAAACUUGAGCAGAUUGGUACCGCUGAGGCUCUUGAUCUCACAGGAAAGGCUGCGGUUGCUCAAGCAGCCUUGGCUUACCAACUUUACCAGAAAAUGUUUUCUGGUCCAAGAUGGGAGCGCCUGGAGAAGAGAGGUGCCAAGAAGCAAAGAUUGAUGUGGGCGUCAACAAAUGUGAAAAAUUCAGCUUACCGUGAUACUUUUUAUGUUGAUUCUCUUAUUGGACCUGAUACGAUUUCAACCAUACCACCAGACCCUGCUCUUAAAGCAUUCAUGGACCAUGGUAUUGUUUCAAGAACCUUGGAUGCAAAAGUAUCAGAAGCUCAAAGCAUAUACAAUGCAAUUGAGACAUUAGGGAUUGAUUGGAGUUCUGUUGGAUCACAACUUGAAAACGAGGUGCUUACUUCUUUCACAAGAAGCUUCGACAACGUGCUUGGGUGCCUGACAAAAAAGGUUAAUGAAUUCAUAAACCAAUAGACCACUAGUGUUAGAUGAAUAGAAACAGUCUCAAUGCUUGUAAAUAAGCCAAUACUUGAUGCAUAUCAAAGCUUGGCAUGUAGUUAAAAUCAUAUUACAUUGGUAAUUUCUUGUUUAUAUUAUUUUUCUUUUCUUUAGUCUUUAUUACUUAUACCAAACGCUGUAACGUUGAAUAAAAUUAUGACUCCCACUCAAGUGAUAAAUGAUACAAGGAAGAUGAAGGACCUAUUUGAGAGUAUCAAACAAAGUCAUGGACUAAUUCGAUUGGGAUUCUCGUGGGAAUUGCAGUGCUUGCUGGAU